AUGCCACCGUCAAUACCGUCCGGCGACCACGCGUCGCCAACACCCACCACCCCGCCGGCAAGCAGCACAGCCGAUGCCCGCGCGGCGUCAGACACGUCGACCAACAAUGGCGGCGGCCGUUCGGCCGGUCCGAAGCCGAGCCCGGCGCCAAUUGCUGUCCCGAAGCAUCGGCCGCGAGCAAACUCCAGGAAGGAGCCGACGCUGCUGACCGACUUUCUUCGCGGCAAGCAGUCUCCCGCCCGCCUGGCCGCCGAUCGGAAACGCCGCCAGAGCAUCGAGAUGGUCAAGGCCGAGUUACGCCAGGAGAUGAGGCAAAGCUCCGUGCGCAAGCUCCAGCAGCCGGGCGGCGUCAGAGACCGAGUGUCCAAGUGGCAAAAGGCCCACGCGGCAGCCAUGGCCGAGGGCGAUCCGGACGACGCGGCCACCGAGCCCACCGAUGUCGCCUUCAACGAGGACGACCAGAAGAGCGUGACCGAGUCGGAUCGCAUCCGCAUCAAGUUCAGGCGGACAAGCAGGAGCGCGUCGAAGCCCAAGCCGCUGCCCGACUUUCUCAACGGCGCGUCCUCGACGUCACGCAACCCCAGCGGCGAGGCUGGCGGCCCGCCACCAACGUCCCCGCCCAAAAAACGAGUCGUCAGCGACGAGCAUUGGAGGAAGCCAAAAAACCGCGGGAGCCCUGCCAGCAAGACGUCUCCUUCCUCGGGCAGACGCUCCACCGGCGCCAAAGGUCUGCCGAGCGACUUUGUCCGUCAAUCCGGCGCGAGUCCUCUGGUGUCGGACAAGAUCAAGGAGUGGGCUGCCAAGAUUGACGUGCCAGACACGUCUUCUCCUCCGCCGGCUCAUCGAUCCUCCAGAUCGAGGGACGCGCGCGCCCGAUCGGAAGGCGCCACGAGUGAAAUGGGAGACUCGGCCAGCGACAUCACGGCUAGGUGGGUAGCCAAACGGCGUCCGAGGCAAGACGACGGAAUCCGUGUAAAGCCGUCGAGGCCAAAGACCCGCGGCGGCGGCGGCGGCGGCGGCGGCAACAACGACGACGGAAUCAGGGUCACGCCAGCCAACUCUCUCGCAGCCCUUGACAACGAUGGCAUUAGGGUCCGGCCGAUGAGUGAGGUCUCUCUUGCCGGAGCCCCGCCGGACAAGGAAACAAGAGUGUCCAGGUCGAGGAGCAAGACCACGUCGGAUUCUGGUCGUCUCAGUUUGCCAUCUUGUCGCAGCCGUGAUACAUGCGAGUCGGCCAACCUCUCGCAGCAGAGACGCAGCCCAAGUCGCAAGGAAACGCCCAAGAUUGAUGAUGAUGAGGAUGGGAUCGAACAAAGCUCGCGGCUCGAUACUCCUACCAAGGGCAAGGAAGCCGGCCAAAUCUCACGACUCGAUACUCCUGCCAAGGGCAAGGAAAUCCGACAGGGCAAAUCCAAACUCGUGUUUCGCGAAGCAACAUCAGUCAAGGACGAGGUUUCCGGCCCCAGUGACGAGCAGUCCGAGUUGAGCGGUGCGCCGAAUGCAAGCUCUGGCCGUUUCUCAAGUUUAGCCAGCAAAUCCGUCGCAGACAUUCCAGGGGAGAUACCUUUUGGCCACUCGGCUUUCAGCGAACUCGACCUGACCAUCAAGGGGCGACCCAGAAGCCGGCCAAAGAGAACCAAGGUCAACCGGAACACGAGUCUCAAAUCCGUCCCCAAAGUACUCAAGAAGGUGGUUGAAGAGGGCAAGAAGAUGAUCCACGAGAUGAACGAGCCCCCGCGGCAGGCCGUGGCAAACCAGCCGCCAAGCAUCGAGAAAUGGCUCAACAACACCGUGGACCCCUUUGUAGACGUGAAACCGACCGACGAAACGGCUCCUCAGCCCGCUCCAGCGGACGAGAACAAGACUGGGGAGGGAUUGGCUGACGCCGCAAAGCCACGCAGGCGGAUCUCGCAUGGCAGCAAACCAUCACAUCCGUCUGCCGCCAAGAGUCCCGGCAGAGCAGCCAAAGAGACCAAGAAGGAGGAGGCGGCGGUGGAAGACGUGUCAGAUGCAGCCAGGGAGCCAGCAACGCCAACGUCAACCGGCUUGAAGAGGAGUCGGGCCACUCGAGGCAAUUCUUCGCCUGUCAAACAGAGUCCCAGUAGACGACAGCUGCUUGGUGUUCUCAAGGAAGCGUUCCAGGGCGAGUCCAGCAGUCUCCCAACCCGGCUGAGAAGUUACCAGAGCAGUCAAGAGCGGAAGCUUCCCUCCCCCGACAACAUCCCCGAGCCCCUGCAGAUCCGAAAAUCCGCGCCAUCGUUUCCCAUCGCCGAAACAGCUUCCUCCCUCGUGGACGGUGACGUUGGUGACGGCCCGCCGGCCGUCAAGCUGGCUGCCCCGAGGUUUCGGCCGCCGACGACGGGAGACCAUGAGCUGUCGACAAUCUUGUCAGAGGGGGGCUCAAACGCCGUCGACUCUGACGUGAGCUCCCACGCAACACGCUCGACCGUCACGCAAUCCACCCUCCUAACAAAGGACAGCGCUAGUUCCGCUUCCCAGGCACAGCAUGGUCCGGGCCUCAAAAGACGACUUACAAAGCACUCCGACCUGGUGUCUGUUUUGUCGCUUCCUGACGACUCCAGCGUCCCAGACGCGGUCAGAAGCGGUCGAUCACGGCCCAGUCUGCGCAAGCUCAGGGGCGCCCCCGGAGGCGUGACAGCCCAAGAGCUGCUGAGGGAGUUUAUAGACGAUGAAAGCCUGUACCUUCGAGAGCUGAAAACCCUCGUAGACGGCGUUGUGCCGGUGCUCCUGUCGCAUGUCAUCAACGGGACGAAUGCCACGGAACUCUUUGGGCCGUCGUCCUCGGGCCAGAUACCGGAAACCGUCUCCAAGUCCGUCGUGAACAUGGGUGUGGCUCUGGAAAAGCUCAAGGGCGCCCACAGCAAAGCGCCCGUCUCGGACAUCCGGAAAAUGGCAAACUGGGCCCAUGGCGUCGUGCCCAUGUACAGCAGAUACCUCGGCGCCUGGCGCCUCGGCUUUGACGACGUCGUGGUCAACCUGGCGCCGGCUGCGGACUGGGCGAAUGACCAGGACUCCUUGUUGGCCGCGCUGCCGAGGAACGAAAAGGGGGAUAUUGUCGACGACGACGGAGAACGCGUGGCCGUGGCCCAUCUCCUGAAACGGCCUCUUAUCCGUGUGAAGCAGCUGACCAAGCUGAUGAGAUGCGUCGACACGCUUGUCGGGUCCGACGACACGAGCGAGCUCGUCAGGGACUUCGAGAGCUUGCAGGAAAAGGCCCGCCGACGGUGCAAGGAGGAGACUGCGCGAAUCGUGGACGAGGAAGCCAUCCAGACCGACACGUCUCGAUGCCGGGACCUCGGCACGUUGGAAGCCCUCCGAGGCGUGGCGAUAGAUGCUAGCCGGCAGGUCAGCGCCAAGGACGUCUUCUCCCUCAGCCUUUCGCACUCAAACGACCAGAGGCUCGACUGUCGCGUCGAGCUGGUGCACAGAGACAACCUGAGAGACUCCCAGGACGAAGGGGACUUGCUGAUACGCGAGGUUGGCGAGAGCCGCCGAUCCUACCUGCUCUUCCCGCCCGUUCCCAUGAGCAAGGUGUCUGCGCGUACCGGGGACGGCCACCUCGACAUGGUGGUCAUGGUCCGAGGCACAACCCGAGGCAGGGCAUGGCGCGAGCUGCUAACAUUGACGGCCGAUGACGAAGACCAGAUUCUCGACUGGCUGGAUCUUUUGCCUCUGACGCCCGUGCCGCCCGUGCCGCCCGUGCCGCCCACGGAGCCGGACCCCGUCACACCUCGCAGAUGUCGAGACGAGCAGCAUCAGCAGCUGGCAAUGCCGGGGACGCCGUCGCCGCGCGAGUCAGCGACGAGGGCUGCUGCUGCUCAUGGCUCGCCUGGACAUGCUUCCCCUUCCCCGAUCGCAAGGGAUGUUUCCACGUGCAGCCCUACCAGCGCGACAAGGGAUCCGCCCCUCCGGUAUCGCGAGCGUGCGCCUGUGAGAGAGCGGACACCGCCGACUUCGCCAACGCCCCCGAUGAAGAUGGAGAGGGAGGCUUUGGAAAAGACACCUACCAGGGAUGACUAUCGCGCCUCUGUAGACUAUGGAGGAAGGGGACGUCCUCUGAAAGAGAGCAUGCGACCCGAUCCUGCAGACUUUCAAGACAAGAAGCAGACCCAGCAGACCCAGCAGACCCAGCAGAGCCAAGCUCCAAACACGACGCCCUUCCGUCCGGACGGAGCGCCUCCGCCGCCGAUCCACAGAAGCCUAAGCACGAGCCACCCAGGGACUGGAGGAGACAUUGCCAAAUCGGCACCCGUGUUGCAGCCCCGAGCGGACCAGCCCGGCAGCGACCAUGGCCUCAAACGCCGCGGGUCGUCGCCCUUGAAGCACGAGUACCUGCCAUCCGACCAGUCGUCCACGUCGGAGGCAUAUUCAACGGAGGGAUCCGAGGUGGAAUCCUCCGACGACGACCUCGAGAGCCUCGACAUUCCAGAGACCGAGCUGGGCGUGAGCAUCAAAGAUGACGCAAGCGCCAUCGAACCACCGCAGAGCGCAUGCCGCUUCGCCGCGGAAUCCGAGUGCAGCUUGACGCCUGCGCACUCGGCUUCUCAGGUCGGCCUGCACGGACGCGGCGCGACGCCGAUCAAGAACGGGUCGCGCUUCCUGGCGCGCAUCUCGAGAUGGUCUGACAAGGGGUUGUGGAAGGACAUUACGAGCGACACGUGCUCCCUCAUUGUGACGAACGGGCUCAUUGAGGCUUACGCCUCUGGCACGGCAGCGGCAGCAUCGGCAUCAGCAUCAGCAUCAGCCGGCGACUCCGGCCACAAUCCCGGCCCACCAGUCGUCGCUCUCGACCUCACCCCGCUGGUUCUCAUCAGACAGAGCACCGCCGUCGACCUGGAGAUCCGGUCCUCGGUCCAACCCCACUCCAAGCUCUAUCCAUCGCACAGCGGAGGCAACUUUCGCUUCCGCUGCUUCGCCGCGGCCGACUGCUACAACCUGUACAUGUCGGUCCACCAAGCCCGGCUCAACAACCAAAAGUUUAUCCAGCUGGCCAACGACGCCAGGUUCAAGAGCUUUGGCGAGCGAAGACGCACGCCCGAGGACGAGGACGACGGCGACGGCGACGGCGACGGCGACGACGACGCGAGCAGCCGCCGCCGCCGCCGACGCGGCUGGUUCGGCAGGAAAAACAGCUACCGCAGCUCGGUGCGCGCCCCGUCGUUGUCGCACGACGGCGCCAGCACCUCGCCGUCGUCGACGCCCUCGGCGUCCAGCUUCCUCCGGCGGCUCACCGGCGGCGGCAACCUCGCCUUCAACCUUGCCCGGUCCUCCGUCGACAGGUGCUCGCGGGCCGGCGGCGGCCCAAACAGCCUGUACACGUCGCGGUCGUCGUCGUCGUCGGCCGGCGGCACGCCCCCGCGCUCCCCCUCGGUCAGCGUCCACAACAGCAGCCAGGGCGGCGGCGGCGGCAGCGGCGGCGGCAGCGGCGACAACUUGCGCAUUCGGCUGCACCUGCUGGUCCCGCCGGCCCGGUGGGAGGACUACGGCAACUGCAGCCUGCAGAUCCGGCGGCCGCCGCCGGGGUGGCGCCAGGCGCUGCGGGCCAACCACGGGCUGGAGAAGCGGGUGACGGUGACGCGGCUGCCGAGGCGGGAGGCGGAGCAGGCGUGGAUCGUGCUGGACGCGGUGCUGGGCAGCGGGUGCUUCUCGGCCAUGGGGAGCCGCGGCAUCGUGUGCGGCGUGUGGGAGGAGGUGCGCAACGGGGACGGCGUGGUGGGCAUGGUGCCCGAGACGGGGGCCACGGGGGGGAACAUCAAGAAGUGGUGUUUUCAGUUUGCCAGCGCGGCCGAGGCCAACGGCGUGCUGAGGCUGGUGCACCAGGAGGUUGUGCGGGCGUAG